GAGCGCUGGCAUUUGGGCUCCUUCCUUCCUUUCUUCCUUCCUUCCUUCCUUGCUUCUCCACCCCAGACUCUUCAUCCCCUCCCAGGCUGAUGAUGAUGUAUUUCUGGGGUAACCAAGAGGCCCCUGCCCCCCCUGAAGCCAUGGCCCAACAUUACCCGACUGCUCAGUACCCAGCUCCACCACAGAACGGACUCCCCACAGAGUAUGCCACGCCCCACCCCCACGCCCCCACAGACUAUACAGGACCAACAACAGUAGCGGAACACGCCCUGACGCUGUACACGCCGACGCACACGCAAAACGAACCGCUAGGAACCGACAGCAGCAGCUCCGCUCUCACAGCCAACACAGUAACGCAGCCGGAGGACGUGGCUCAGACAGAUGCCUCCGAUCACCUUCACCUUCCGCUCAGUGAUUCAUCAGAGAAACAACAGCCCAAGAGGUUACACGUGUCCAACAUCCCAUUCCGCUUCCGAGACCCAGACCUCCGGCAAAUGUUUGGGCAAUACGGCAAGAUUUUAGAUGUGGAAAUCAUUUUUAAUGAACGAGGCUCCAAGGGGUUUGGGUUUGUAACAUUUGAAACCAGUGCCGAUGCCGACCGUGCACGGGAGAAAUUAAAUGGUACAAUCGUAGAGGGACGAAAGAUAGAGGUCAACAACGCCACUGCCAGAGUCAUGACCAAUAAAAAGCUGGCAAACCCAUACUCCAAUGGUUGGAAACUUAAUCCUGUGGUUGGAGCAGUUUAUGGUCCUGAAUUUUAUGCAGUAACUGGGUUUCCGUACCCUGGUGCUGGGGCAGCAGUGGCCUACAGAGGGGCCCAUCUAAGAGGGAGGGGCCGAGCUGUCUAUAACACAUUCCGGGCUGCACCUCCUCCUCCACCCCUCCCCGCCUACGGCACUGUGGUCUACCAGGAUGGCUUCUAUGGAGCUGAAAUCUAUGGAGGAUAUGCAGCGUACAGAUAUGCCCAGCCAGCCGCCACCACCGCAACUGCGUACAGUGACAGUUAUGGCAGAGUCUAUGCAAGUGCAGACCCAUACCACCACACCAUCAGUCCUGCAGCGACGUACAGCAUCGGAACCAUGGCUAGCCUUUACAGAGGAGGGUGCAGUCGCUUCACUCCAUACUAGAAAAGAGA